GCUUCUACCAGUACACGGGUUGUUGGAAAGAAACUUCCGUUAUUCAAUACUUCGACUGCAAUAAUAAAUUCCUAAAUCCUAAAUUAAAACAAAGGCGCCAUUUUUGCAUCCUUUGGCUUAUAAAAAGGCUUCUAUUCUCUCAUGAAGGAGGCCACAAAAAAAUUUCACCAACUAAGUAACCUCUUCAAUCUUGAAGAAAAUCAAAAUGGCCUUAUCACAUGUCGUUAUAUUUCCUUUCAUGGCUCAAGGGCACGCUCUUCCAUUACUCGACCUGUCAAAAGCUCUCUCCAGCCAACAAAUCACAGUAACCAUUAUUACAACUCCAGGAAAUGCUAAAUCAAUCUCAGACUGCAUUCAUUCUUAUCCCAAUAUCUCUUUCCUUGAAAUUCCAUUUCCUGCCAUUGAUGGCGUCCCUGAAGGCUGUGAAAACACCUCGCAGCUCCCAUCCAUGGAGUUCCACCUUCCUUUUCUCCAAGCCACCAAACAACUCCAAAACCCAUUUCAAAACAUUCUUCAAAGCAUGAUGAAAUCGCAAAACCCUCCGAUAUGUGUUAUUUCGGAUUUCUUUCUUGGAUGGACACUUGCUGUAUGCAAAGCACUUGGUGUUCCAAGAUUAGUUUUCCAUGGUAUGGGUGUUUUAUCUAUGGCUAUUAGCAAGUCUGUUUGGGUACAUCAACCACAGUUAAAGGCAAAGUCUGUUUUUGAUGAUUUAGACUUGCCUGGUAUGAAGCUUCCAUUCACUCUGACAAGUUCAGAUUUGCCUGACACAAUUAACACGCAAAAUCACGACGAUCCUUUAUCUAAGUUCAUAGAAGAGGUAGGCGAGGCCGAUGUUAAUAGUUCGGGAAUCGUUUGUAAUACUUUUGAAGAGUUAGAAAGGAGUCAUAUCCCAUGUUUUGAAUCUUUCUACAGUGGAUCAGCAAAAGCUUGGUGUGUAGGUCCUCUUCUUUUAUACGACAAAAUGGAAGAUCUUGAUAUUCACAAAAACAAUUCAUCUGUUUCUAUAAUGCAGUGGCUUACUGAGCAAAUUACUCCAAAUUCAGUAAUAUAUGUUUCUUUUGGUACACAAGCUGACUUAUCAGAUGCUCAGCUGGAUGAGGUUGCUUUUGGUUUGGAAGAGUCAGGAUUUCCUUUUGUUUGGGCGGUUCGUUCAAAGACAUGGUGUUUACCUAAAGAUAUAGAGGAGAAGAUAAAAGGCAGAGGUUUGGUAAUUAAAGAAUGGGUCGAUCAACGGCGAAUAUUACUUCAUCGUGCAAUCGGAGGGUUUUUGAGUCAUUGCGGUUGGAAUUCAGUGUUAGAGAGUGUAUCAGCAGGCGUGCCGAUUCUUGCUUGGCCAAUGAUUGCAGAGCAAUCUUUGAAUGCGAAACUUAUAGCGGAUGGACUUGGAGCUGGGAUUAAUGUCAAAAAAGAAGCUGCAGGGGCUGUCGUUUCGCGGGAAGCCAUAUGUGACGGAGUGAGAGAGCUGAUGGGAGGAGAAAAGGGAAGGAAUGCAAGAGAAAGAGCAGAAGCCUUAGGGCGGGAGGCUAGGCGUGCUGUGCAGGAAGGUGGCUCGUCUCACCGUACCCUACAGAAGAUGAUCGGUCAACUUAAGAAUCCCAGUUAAUUAAUUAAGCCUCAUAGUCAUAUUUACAGAAUCAUUAUAUACAAUAAAGGAGAAUCAGAUUUUUUUUUUUUUUUGUA